AUGUAGGAGGACUUUCCAUGCUAAAUAGGACAAGACUCAUAUUAAAUGCAUAUUGAGCCUGAUGAGAUAACUUCAUAAAUACCAAUAAAUCCUACUUAAACAAGAUUUAAAUCCCUUAGGAGCCAUAUUAAUGAGGUAGAAAUCCCUAAAAACUAGAAGGCAAUAGUCUAAUUAGAUAAUAAUAUUAGCCUUUACCUCGAUGUAAAGCACUCUUUACAAGAAAACUCUUCAUUUUAAAACGAUCCUUUCACCUACUUAGCUCAUAACAGUUAAGGUUUAUAAGGAAUUAAUAAUGAAAUAGACUUGGUAAGAGUAUCAGUUGGGACAUAAUUUGAAUUGAAAGAUAAUAUAUUUACAUCAGUAGUAGUUAUCUAAAUUAAAGACUAAAUUUACAAUAUUAUCAGCAAUAUGUCAUUCAUUAACUAGUUAGAAAAUUCUUAAACAUAAGAUAAAUCCUAAGAGCUCUCUCUUACAAAGUAAAAUCUACAAAGUCUUCCUGAUGAUUCUGGUAAAAUUAAACUUAAGUAAAUGCAAAAAAGAAAAGGUAGUGAUAAUUCGAAUGAUUCAGAUGCAACUCAACCUGUGAUUAGCGCUUAAACUGAAGUAUUACUGAAUGCAGGAAUUUACAAUUGCACUAAAUGUGGGGCUGAAAAUAAAAUUUAAUUGAAUGAUAGUAUAUCAAACUUUUAAUAAAACAUUUAAUAAACUAACGUAAAUUUGGUAUCUUAAGAUCUAAGUUAAAUUAAUAGUUAAUUAACUGAAUAGUAAUCAAAUGGGAUUCCUAAAUAAUAAAAGAUGGAAAACUAAUUUCCUGAAGAAGAUAAAGGAAUUUUUUCCAACAAAAUUAAGAGAGUGAGAAAACAAGCUUUAAGAAGUGAUUAGAGCUACAGCUAAGAAAUUAAUAAUAGAAUAAAUGAAAAAUCUAAGAGUCCUUUAAAUAAUUAAAUAAACAUCAAAUCAGAAAUAAUAGAUUAAGACAAUAGAUCAUCUCUUGAUUAAUAAAGUAAAAGUGAGUUGAUUCCUACCUAACAAUUAUAAAUUGAAGAGCCGUAUAAAUACUAAGAUUAUUUAAUUCGAGACUUUUGUUAAAUCUAUGAAUAAAUUCUAGAAAAGCAAGAAAGGGGAAGUUAGGGCUCAAUAUAAUUGCCUAGUGAAAGUAAAAAAUUCAAUUCUGAUACAAAUCAGUUGUAAACAGAUUCUAAUUAUCAUUAAUUAUAUUAAAUUGGUAAGUCAUCAUAAAUUUGUGGUUAAAAUUACUCGAGCAGAAAUAAUCCAAUUAUCUCAGAUAUGUUUAUUAACCAAGGAGCAUAGAUUUCUCAAUAAUAAAAUUCCUCUUAGUCUAUUCUAUUAAAAGAUGAUUAAAUAUCAGACCAAUUAUUUUUAUUAAAUAAAUCUAAAAAAAAGAGAUUAAGCAGUAUUUCUAAUCAAAGUGUUAUCAGUAACCAUCGAUAAAAUAACUCAAAAGUGAUGUCAGACAUUACAAACUUUGAUAAUAUUCCUUCUUUUUCAUGCACAUCGCUUGCCUCAUCUCCUAUUUUGAACUCCUAGAAUGCUAAAAUUCUCUCUUAGAAUAAUUAAAUAAAGCUCUAUGAAAGUAAUUAGAGCAAUCACUCUGACUCAUUCAUUCAAACUGAUAGCGAAUUAUAAAAGGAAAACGAAGUCUCUCUUUUGAACACUCAACUUUCUUUUGAUUAAAAGCAACAUGAAUUAUUCCACAAUUCAGAUGGAGGGGGAGAUGAAGAAAUAUUUACUGAUGAAUUUAUUGCCAAAGCUGAUAAGAAAAAUGUAGUCAAAAACUUUGUUAAAGCUUUUAUGUCUGAAGUAAAAAAAGACGAAAGCAUAUUGAACACUUUAGAUGAAUUUAAUCAAAAGGAUUCAAAGAAAUUUUCUUAUUCUUAAAAACUCAAAAAAUUCUAAAACUAUAUGAAGAAAUCUAAGUUUAAUAAUUUGUUUAUAAAGCAACUAAUAAGCAACAGCGAAUACUCAUCAAUAUUUUAAUCAUUUUUACUAAAUAAAGCUGAUGACUGGCUAACUAAUUCUAAUGUUUAAGAUAAAGAAACCCAUAGAAAAUUACUCAAAUUCUUUUAAUAAGCUAUACACGAUGAAGAUCUACUGAAUAAGCUUAAAACCUUAAAAAAAAGUAAAAGAAAUCCUAAUUCAUCUAGCCUAAAAGCCAACUAAAACACUCAAAGCAUAAAUUCUGUGAAGACCUUAGCUUCUUCUUAAAGAAUACCUCCUUUUUCAAAUAUGUCUUCACAGUUGAAUGAAAUAGAAUAUUAUAAAAAUGAAGAAAAAAGUAUGAGCUAGCUUCCAGAUGGAGAACUUCUGUAAUCUGAUAGCAAAAUAAAUAUAGAAGAAUAAAAAGAUGAAUACAUAUAGACCUAAAAUGCUAUUCCAAGCAUAUAAUAAGCACUGAACGGUAUCCAAAUUAGUAACCAAUAUUACCUAAUUUAAUAACACGAAAAUAAAAACAACCCUUGA